AUGAGGAAAUACCAGUUGAUCGGACGCAAGAAACUCUUCUCAAAGACAAAAAUAGUGGACUAUCCUCCACUGCACAUUCUUUCAUUACCUUACGAGGUUCUCAUCGAGAUAAUAUCAUACCUCGAGCGAGAUAUAAAGGCACUUUUAGCAUUGACCAGAACAUGUUCUCGACUUAGAACCAUAGUAAACAAGUUCUUCUUGUACCGUGACGUGGUUUUCUCGGCCACCAGGUUCCGAAAGUUCGUGGGAUAUCAUCUACCAGGCCAUAACUCCUCCCUAACUAAGAAAUUAGGUUUGAACGAUUCAAGUACCCAAAUCAACCUUAUACAACUGAUUAAGUUUAUAAAGCCUCCUAUGGAGAAAUCAGAAAACUACUCAACAAAUAUAGGCGGUAGCUACAACGUGGAAAGCGUCCAUGCUCGCCUGAACCGUGACAUGUAUAGCGAGUUUGUCAGUGGCCUACGAUACUUGUUAAAAGAAGAUUUUGGUCUCAAGGCAGUGGAAAUUUCCGAGGUUUCUCCAGGAUUCGAAUUUCCACAAGACGUAUAUAUAACUCCCAGAUCCACUACUCUGUCGUGGAAAAAAUCGAAACCGACUCGAACCUUACAACACUUGAAAAUAAGUGCCCAGAAUGGUUGGUCUAUUCCAUUCAGUUUCUCCCAAGUUUCGCUAUUCUUCUCAGUUUUCGAUAUCAUUGAAGAACUCGAACUAACAAACUUUAUCAUAGACAAGGAGAAGCUUUGCUCAUCCACGGUACCCCAAGUUCAAAUCAACAAAAUCACCUUGAAAGCGUGCACUUAUACAACGCAGAAACAGGUUCAUUCGAAAACCAACUUUUCUCCCAUGUUUGGCAAUUGCUCGUCCUUGGCGCUCAGAGAUAUACAUCUGGUCCUGGACCUAUCAGUCAUCGACUUUAUUAAAAACAACCAUCAGCUUUCGUCCUUAACUCUCGAUAUUGACUCGCCUGUUUUUUACUCAGCAGUGAAUGAUGAGCGCAAGUUCAACUUUGCAAGAUACAAUUUGUUCUUCAAGCUACUUUGUUCGGGCGAAGGUGGUUACGCUUCACUAAAAAAGCUUGAGCUUGAAAACUUCGACCUUAUAAACGAUUGUUCUCAUGCGGCGGUUGACCCGUCGCAAGACGAUGACUGGGUUCCAGCUCCAACAGAUAAUUUCGAGACGUUUCUACAGUACGUGAGUGCAAUACCAAAGCUAGUCAUUAACCUAAAGAAAGAGCGAAAGGUUGGUAAUGUGUGCGUCAGGUGUGGCUAUAGUAAAGAAAACACUCCAGAGACCCCAUCAGCCCAGAAUGCAAAUGGAGAAUGGAGGAGAAUCAUCUCCAAAUUGAAUAAUGGGAGUAACGAAGUAACUGUAAGAGAUAGCAAUGGCUCCCGGUUAUUUCAGGCGUCUUGA